CAGAGUGCUUACUUUUGCUUCUGCUCCACCUUUUUCUUACAAUCUAAGCAAUUUGUCCAGAGCCAGGUCUCACUAAUUGGUACAGAAGCCUUGUCAGAACCAUGGCCGAAUACUCCUAUGUGAAGUCCACCAAACUUGUGCUGAAGGGAACGAAGGCUAAAGGAAUCUGGUGGACAGUAUCCAACUUUGGUGAAAUUUCAGGAACCAUUGCCAUUGAAAUGGAUAAAGGAACUUAUAUUCAUGCUCUUGACAAUGGUCUUUUUACACUGGGAGCACCACAUAAAGAAGUUGAUGAGGGUCCUAGUCCUCCAGAGCAGUUUACUGCUGUCAAAUUGUCUGAUUCCAGAAUUGCACUGAAGUCUGGAUAUGGAAAAUACCUUGGUAUAAAUUCAGAUGGGCUUGUUGUUGGUCGUUCAGAUGCAAUUGGACCAAGAGAACAAUGGGAACCAGUCUUUCAAGAUGGGAAGAUGGCUUUAUUGGCCUCAAAUAGUUGCUUUAUUAGAUGUAAUGAAGCAGGAGAUAUAGAAGCAAAAAGUAAAACAGCAGGAGAAGAAGAAAUGAUAAAGAUUAGGUCGUGUGCUGAAAGGGAAACCAAGAAAAAAGAUGACAUCCCAGAAGAAGACAAAGGAAAUGUAAAACAAUGUGAAAUCAAUUAUGUAAAAAAAUUUCAGAGCCUCCAAGACCACAAGCUUAAAAUAAGUAAAGAAGACAGCAAAAUACUUAAACGGGCUCGAAAAGAUGGAUUUUUGCAUGAGACACUUCUGGACAGGAGAGCCAAAUUGAAAGCUGAUAGAUACUGCAAAUGACCAGGACUUUUAUUUCUUUCUCCUUUUGUUUUUUCUGAAUAAAAUAUUCAGUGGCAGUGCU